AUGAAUAUGAUCCGCGAAGAUGAACCACCGCAGGAAAAUGAGAACACCAAUCCUCCACCGCCGGUCAAACAACAACCUGAUUCGUUUUCUUCACUGCCAGAUGAAAUCGUAGAGAACAUUCUUGCUCGUAUCUCCAAGUGGGAUUACCCUAAUCUCUCUCUUGUCUCCAAGAGAUUCCUCUCUCUCCUCUCUUCUCCUGAACUCUACACGACACGAUCUCGCAUCGGAACCACAGAGCCAUGCAUCUAUCUCUGCAUGGAACGUAUCAAAGACCUUGGUCUUGAAUGGUUCACUCUUUGGACGAAACAUGCUCAUGUCGAAACCUUAACCGAUGACCAUGUUCAAGAAGAUGAUCUUCCAAUAUAUAACGAAUAUUCGCUGGUUCCCGUUCCUCAUGAAUCUUCUCUCGUACCAUUUAUGGAUCGCGCUAGUGCAGUGGUUGUUGGUUCGGAAAUCUACUUAUUCGGCGCCACGACGGUCUCUGAGCCGCUUUCUUCAUCUGUUCGUAUUCUUGAUUGUCGAAGUCACACGUGGCGUGAUGGCCCUAGCAUGUUGGUGGCUCGAAGGUGUGCCAAUGCUGUUUUUCUCGAUGAGAAAAUAUAUGUAUUCGACGGUUGCGGGGAAGAUGAUACUGGGAUGGAAGUGUUGGACUUGAAGACCAAGACUUGGAGCCCCUUGCUUAGAGACAGAGAUGCUGUGCUAGAAGAGCAUUGGUUGAAGACCGUUGUGCUUGAAGGAAAGAUUUACUUAAUCACUCACACAAACUACUACUAUGCUUAUGACCCAAAAGAAGGUACGUGGGAAGUCGUGGAAGUACACGGUAAUAACUUGGGUAUAGGCCAAUUGUACUGUGUGAGUGUGAUAGAGGGUGUAAUGUAUAGUUAUUCAAGAAACUCGCGUAAUCUAGUCUGGUAUGAUUCCAAAUGUAAGAAAUGGUUAGACGUCAAGAUCUCGAAUUUUGAACUAUUAAUGUGUAACGGGCGUAUAGUUAAAAUACUCAACCACGGUGGGAAACUUUUAGUUAUGUGGAUCUACAAAUUUAGGGAAUACGGUGGGACACUGGAAUGGAAAUUUAGGUGCGCAAAAAUCGUAUUAGAGAAGCGCCGUGGAAAUGAGGUUUGGGGUGAGAUAGAAUGGCCUGUUACUGAGACUAAGCCCUCCGAGAUGUCGAGAUAUAAUGCUCAAGUCAUUUCGAUUUGA